AUGAGUGGAGAAGCUGUUCCCCAAGUCAAUGACGCAGCACCCGCCCCUAAUUUACUCGACUUAGUUCUCAAUGGUGAUGAAAAGCCCAAACCGGCCCCUGAAACUCACGAUGGGGAUACGAACGACAAUGGUCCAAAGCCAAGUCCUGAAAAUGGAGAGAGUCAUAAGGAUGUUCUCAACGGCGAUGCGGAUAAUGACAAGGGCAGUAUUCCACAACCUAACCCUGCCCGCAGAGACCCCAGAGAAUCCCACAGGGCCACAGACGAGAUAGCUGCGCGGAAAUUCUGCAAGGAUGUCGUCUUCCCACCGCACAAGACCCCAACUGCAGCUGAAGGUAUCAAGAUCGACGGCGUCAAGGCCGUCCUAACUCGUUCUGAUAAACUGUGGGAUGGCCUCAAGCCCUCAAUCAAGUACGGUUUUGUCCAAGGCCAAUGGGGUGGCAGUGAUAAACAACGACGAAAGGUUGUCGAUGUCAUUGAAGAAUGGACUUGGUACGCCAAUGUGACGUUCGACCAAGUCUCGUCAGGCGCCGCUGUCCGAGUAGCUUUCGAUCCAUCUCCGUCUGCAGGCUCAUGGAGCUUGGUAGGCAAGGAUUGCUACAGAUCCACCGGAGAUGAGGCUACUAUGAAUCUCGGCUGGAUUUCUGAUUCCGAUGCCAUAUCGGACGGUGAACGAGCUGUGAUCCUUCACGAGUUUGGCCACGUGCUUGGUAUGCUUCACGAGCACCAGAGUCCUGCCGGCGGAGGCUGGCCAGUCAAACGCAUUGAGGCGGCAAUCAAGUUUUACGGUAUACACGACGAUUGGGAUAGGGAGACUGUCAUGCAGCAAGUUGUGGAGAGAUACAACAGCAAGGACGUGAGCUCAUUCUCACAGGUUGAUCGCUUCAGUAUCAUGCAGUAUCCUAUGCCCGCGUCAGUCACCGGGCUGCCGUAUGACAUCGACUACAACUAUACUAUCUCGGAUAUGGACAAGGCCUAUAUGUCUAUCAUGUACCCCCGACCUGCGGGGGAACAGAGUAAGUCCGAGUGGACUCUGGAAUAUGCCUUGGUCAAAAGCGGCAUCAGCCGGGAAGCCCCCGAUACAAGCGAUGAAAUUUUAGCUGUAUAUGCACUCGGCAAGGACAAGACUCCACCCACCGUGGACACCGAGCGUAUCAGGAUCCUAUUCUCCGAGUGGUGUCUUGAGGCCCAUACUGCAAGGAGUGAAGGCCCUGCGAGGGGUGACGACCCUGCACGGAGUGAAGAUCCCGGAAGGGGCCUCAAGCCUCCAAUCAAUGAGGACGGCGAGCAAAUGGACGAGUCAGAUAAUUCCGAUGACGUUGACACGGAUGAAGAUGAAACUGAUGACAGUGGCGAGCCUGACGACCGCGUCGUUGAUCUGGAGUUGUAUCCGAUGUGCUCCACGGGUGUCAUCGAUGACAACGACUUGUCAGUUGGGGGGGAGGAUCAAGGCAGGCUUCAUGGUAUACGCGACGGCCAAGCACCAGCACCAGCGCAUGCUGUAAUUGAUCCGAGCUGGCUUGGCCGUGUAAAGAUCGACGCCACAAAGGAGACUUCGCCAAAAUACAGGAGAACCAUCACUUGGAAAAUCGUGGGUUGCCCAGAACCACCUUCUGAUCCGCAGAACAAGAAACAUUGGCCCUCCCGAUACCAAAGGCGAAGGCUUCGGUCUGCAUUUUCUGAUUGGGCCAAAUACGCCAGCGUCCUUUUUGAGGAGCUAGAUGAUAGGUCGAACGAAGCCGCCGACAUCCUCAUCACUUUCCAGAGAAAGGAUAAGAAUGGCGACGCUAUUCUCAAGACCAGCGACCUUCGAAGUUACACGAGAUGGGAAACAGGCGUACCUCCUAAUGUAGCAAGCAAACCUCAGAUGAAGCAUACAAUAUGUUACCGUGGUGUAUCCGAAACGUCGGAAAUAGCCGAAAAAAGCGCAGACCCAAAGCUAGCCGUUGGAAUGCGCAACAAGGAUUUCGAUCGUCGCACACUCAGACAUGAAAUUGGCCAUUACCUCGGCCUAUCCCAUGAGGAUGACGGCGUUUAUGCGCAUUGCAUAUUUGGAGCAGACAAGGAUUUCCAAACCAAAGUCGCUGAUCUACAAGACGAAUACAGGGGGACCAAAUUUGACACAGGGUCAGUCAUGGAUGUGCUCUACGCCACUGCCGAUCUAAAAGCGUUGCUGAAGGAAGCCGACGUUCGAGCCCAAGUUCGAACGGUAUGUGGUCUCAGCAGAUAUGAUAAGGCAAAUAUUGCACUUUUACAUCCAGGAGCCCGUCUCACGUCACUAAUCAAGGAACUUCUAGAGCUUGCAGAUCCUGACAAGUGCAAUUGGUCAAAGUUCCGCCAGACAUAUCUGGAGGCUCUGAAGAAGCAGACUUUGGAGUGGACCAAUGUGAAAGCGAAAGUGGUCGAAACAUUGCGAGCAUAUGCGCGCGACCCAGACAAUGCCCUUGGGAAACGAAAACGAUCCAAUGCUGCAAGGGGUGUGGUGCCAAUUGCACGAGAGUCGAAGCCUUCUUCGACCUUGCUGGAGCUCAUGUACACCCAACUCAACAAGACUAUCGGGCCUACAGGUGCCCAGAUUCUGACAUUGCAAUCCCCCACCCGCUACUUGGCAAAGGAAGAGUUCCAAUUUGAACUGAAUGGAAUUUACUCCAAUUUCAUCAAGCCGGUCCCUGUCGCAGAGGCCGAGUUUAGGCUCACUGAUGCACUCUACGAUGCUGCUGCGAUCGUUUCAGCUCCGAAUGGACGCAGUCUGAGCACUGUAUACAAUCAGAUUCUGAACAACAUAGUGCCCAAGUAUGAGGAUUCCGACCGGAAAGUUCGCCAAGAACGAGAGCGUAUUCGCUCGUGGCUACUUACCGAAGUUGGAGAUCAAGAACCAUACUACAAGUAUGAAUAUGGCACUGCUGGUGGCGGUAAGGGCGAUGAUGCUGGAACGUUGAAGCAGCUUGACAGCGCCUUGAUCGCCAAGAACUCAUUUGUUAGAAAGAUGUCCAGGAUGGAGUUUGCAAACCAGCUGACCCUAGACUACUACGAUGCGCAAAUGAAAUGGGAACUGGAGAGAGACCAGAUGAUCGAAAACGCCAUCGUAUCCAAAGACCCUGAUAAGUUGCGUAGUCUUACGCGAACGCUAGUUCACAUAACACAGUCUCAGCAAGGGAAGCUGGGCAUGAAGUAUGCCAAUUCAGUCGUCCGGGGCUACUCCCACAUCGUUCGCGAAGCUUUGGGUCACCUGGAUGUCGCUACGGCGGCGGAACUUCUUCAAGACGCGAAAGACUCAUUCAGAGCGACAGCUUACUCUUCACUAUACGGAGCCUCCAAAGUAUAUCCGGUUCUUAUGAGCCCUGUGGAUUGGUCGGCAGCACUCGAUACGGGUUUCUCGGCUGAGGAUCUCAGCGAGAAUCCGGAAAUGAUUAUUAUGAUGAUCCAGACCAAGUCGCACGGCUUGGACGUCUUGAAGAGACAGCUGGCUGCUCUGCAGAAUGCUUCUGAAGGGGACGCAGCAGCUCUCAAGAAAGAUGUCGAUCUCAAGGCUGGGGAUCUCAGGAGGCUAGAGAGCGACCUUUACAGCAAGUAUGCGGACUCGACGGUUCAGCUAGCCAAGAUAGCCAUUGCCAUUGCUACUGACGGAGCUUCGACCUUGGCUGACGUGAAAGACCCUGAGACUCUCGCGUCCAUUGAAUCCGGGAAGACAUCUUCGGCAGAGGUCAACAAAGAGUUGUCACAGAGUGUCACACAACUUGAUCUCAAUGGCACGGUAGAGGACAUCAAGAAUCAAGUGCUGGGGGUCCAAUCAGCUCAGCUCAAGCUUCAAGCAGCAACGAGCGCCUGGGCUUCCCAGAGAACCGCCCUUGCCCGCGCAGAAGCUACAUCAACCAAGUCUGAGCAAGCUUUCAUAUCAAACCAAUUGGUCUCCAUGGAAAACGAACUGGCUGGCCUCAAUGCUAGGCUCACUGUUGCCAAGAAAGCCCGUGAUCAGCGCGUCAAGUUGGCUAGCGAGAAGAAGCAAGAGCUGAAAGUGGGCGACCUUGCUACCACGAAGCCAGCCGCUAUAGGUGGCGGCUCUAGAUGGCAAGAGAUCAACAUCGUCGGAGAACAAAAGUACACCAGCCAGAGUUCCCUGACCAAAGGGUCGAGCGACGCUGAGAUGUGGAGUUGUAACUUUUGGAUAGGCAGUGCUGGAGGUUCAAACACGUCGGAAACAGGCUCCUUCACUUCAUCAAAUGAGGGACACAGCGCAAACAUCGAGAUAUCUAUGAAGGUCACUCUUGUGACAGUCGACAGAUCAAGCUGGUUUCAGCCACACCUGUUCGAGAACUCUGGUUCAUACAUGAAGAACAACAAAAACACCACUUUUAAUACAUGGCAGCAACUGGACAAGAAGAAACCUGAGGAUGUGGCAAAGGCUUUCCGCACGGGAGUAGAAACCAAUACCACUGUUCCAUCGACAAAAGAAGGAAGUCUUCUCCCAGCUUACCCUGUUGGGUAUAUCCUCUGCAAGGAUGUCUUCAUCAAAGUAUCGAACAUGAGCAUGUCGGCAAAGGAGGAACGAGAGCACAUGGUGAAGAGGAGCCAGUCCAGCGGCGGCUUCCUCUUCUUCCACUAUAACCGGGCAUCCGAGGAGUCUUCAGACUCGUCCCAGGCCACGUUCGAGAUGGCGAGCGACGGUAUGAUAGUUCGCAUCCCGGGACCCCAAAUCCUCGGCUAUGUGCAGCAGAUUGUCCCCAACGAUGACUCUGAGGCGUAUGACCCCCAAAAGUCACUUGGAAAAGAGUUUUACCUGCCUCCGCAGGCGAAUCCAGCCCUGAGUGCCAAUAAAGAUGACGACCAGCAGUCGCCAGCUCAUGCAUCGGCACCCCCCGGCACAGAUCGCCAACCGGCACAAUCGCUGGCAAUCAACUUCGACGUCAAGCCCACAAGUAUGAGUGCUAACAGAGGUGCGCAAGGCGGCGUGAAUCAGAUUGAUAAGGGUCAGACUUCCGUCGAUCAGGGGAAGAACGCGGGCGUGGCAACUGCGGCAUCUCCAGAGACUUCGAAGCAACAGCAAGGGCCCGACGCCGCGAAAGCGGCAUCUCCAGCCCAGCCUGUGGCUCAAGGUAACAUGAACAUUGACGAUGUUAUGCGCUUGGUCAAGGAGUACUGGCAUGCGGAUGAUGGCAAAGCCUUUCGAGCGGCUCUCGAGGAGGCUCUGAAGCCCAGUGCUAAUUGA